CACGGGGCAGCGCGUGGAGGGUCACGUGGACGAGAUGGCUGCCGCUGUCGCUGCCGCUGUGGUCUUUAACCGCCUCUCCACCGGCUCGAAGCUGGGCCCGCAGUACGACCAAGAGGGCAAUGUCAUCGAGGUCGAAACUCGUGAGGAUGAGGAACAAAAUGUCAAGUUGACAGAAAUUUUAGAAUUGCUGGUUGCUGCUGGAUACUUUAGAGCAAGAAUUAAGGGACUAUCGUCAUUUGAUAAGGUGGUAGGUGGUAUGACAUGGUGUAUUACGACGUGCAACUUUGAUAUUGAUGUUGAUUUACUUUUUCAAGAAAAUUCCACAAUUGGUCAAAAGAUAGCCUUGACAGAGAAAAUUGUAUCUGUUUUGCCAAAUAUGAAGUGCCCACACCGUUUGGAACCACAUCAAAUUCAGGGUCUGGAUUUCAUACACAUAUUCCCUGUUGUACAGUGGUUGGUAAAACGUGCAAUUGAAACCAGAGAAGAGAUGGGAGAUUAUAUUCGGGCAUUUUCCAUAUCUCAAUUUCAGAAAACCCACAGUCUGCUUGAGGAUGAUGACUUCAAGCAGCGGAAAGACAAGGCUAUGAAAACAGUCGUAGAAGUAUCUGACGUUUAUAAACCACAACGCAAGUAUAAACGUUUGGCUGGUGCUGGCGAGUUAGUGGAUGAAGAAUCCAGAGUCCAUUCUACCCUUCUGGAAUUUGGCCGGAAGUACGGUUUCAGCAAGCAAUCUAAAACUGAAACGACUGAAGACAAAAAAGGCAUCUUGCCAACAGGGUUGGCAGCUGAAAUUACUAAACUCUCUGAAGAUGAUCUGGAGGCUGCUGAAGAGCUUCGCAUUAAGACAUUGAUGACUGGAAUGGCAGCAAUGGCAACAGAAGAGGGAAAAUUGACCGCAAGUUCAGUGGGUCAUAUAGUAGGACUACAGUCAGAAGAAAUUAAGCAGAUUGCAUCAGAAUACGCUGAGAAGCAAUCAGAGCUUUCAGCUGAAGAUCGUCCUGAGCGGCUUGGAGCUGCUCAACAGUAUCGAAGACAAAUUGCGUCUCUCAAUAAACAAAUCUUGCAAAAAUCAAAACAGUUGGAAGAGCUGCAAGUUAAAUACAGUGAGAUCCAGGCUACAUGUGAGGAAGAGAAAAAGAAACUGGUGGAGGUUAUGAAUUAUGGGCAGAAACUGGAUAAGGAACUGGCGAACCUCGAAGCUGUGGAAUCUGAAGCUGAUUCCAGCAUCCUAGAAAAGCUGAGAGAAUUGGUGACAAUGAAUGAAGGUCUAAAGGAUCAAGAACAACAGUUUAGGAAUCAUUGCAGGGAGGAGAUGGCCCGAUUGCAACAGAAUAUUGAAAACCUCAAGAGUGUAGCUGGGAAUGAGGAAGCUGAAGUAAAGGAACACGGUGAAUUAAUAGAACAACAGUAUAAAGAAGAUCGAGAUAAGCUUCAGAAAAUACGACUCUUGUUGGCUCGACGAAAUAGAGAAAUUGCUGUUUUGCAACGAAAAAUUGAUGAAGUACCAAGCAGGGCAGAAUUGACCCAAUAUCAGAGACGAUUUGUUGAGCUCUACAAUCAAGUUGCAGCAACUCACAAGGAAACAAAACAAUUUUUCACUCUUUAUAAUACACUUGAUGAUAAAAAGGUGUACUUGGAAAAAGAGGUUAACCUGUUGAAUUCAAUUCAUGAUAAUUUUCAACAGGCAAUGGCAUCCCCAGCUACUCGAGAACAGUUUUUGCGUCAGAUGGAACAGAUUGUAGAAGGUAUUAAGCAGAAUCGCAUGAAGCUGGAGAAGAAAAAGCAAGAAAAUAAAAUGAGACGUGAUCAGCUGAAUGAUGAGUAUCUUGAAGUGCUGGAGAAACAACGAUUGUACUUCAAAACUGUCAAAGAAUUUAAAGAGGAGUGCCGUAAGAAUGAAAUGUUAUUGAACAAAUUGAGGACAAUGGGGAUUUCCUGAUUGAAUUCACCAAUGAUGGCCUUUCUAACACCUAAAAACAAAAGAAUGGGUGCAUGGAGCCAUUUGCAUUUCAUUUACUUGUUUUUGUAUCAUGUAAUUUUGUCAGAUUUUGUUUCAGUGUCAAUUAUGAGUUGAGCAAGCCAUUGUUUCGAUGUAAAGAAAUCUGUCGUGCAAUAAAAAUAAUGCAAAUUGACCUGAA